AUGAAUGGUUGGCUGCCGGGUGGAACUGUGACUUACACGCCUAAAGGUCUUGCCUGCAGGGACGCAUGGGGUUCUCUGCGAUGGGCUGGCAACUCCGCUGCCCUAGCAGUUAUUGCAUCCCAUUACGGACUCAGAGCACCCGCAUACAGGAACUUCGCCAAGUCACAACUGGACUAUAUUCUUGGUUCCUCUGGCCAUAGUUUCGUAGUAGGAUUUGGCGAAAAUCCCCCAACUCGUCCCCACCACAGGGGAAGCUCCUGUCCCGUGCUCACCGAGAAAUGCACUAACUCCAACAGUUUCAACUAUGAUGGUGCGAAUCAUCACCUACUGCGUGGAGCUAUGGUAGGAGGUCCAAACUGUUCUGAUGGCUGGAAUGACAACCGCAAAGACUACGUUAAAAAUGAGGUGGCGUGUGACUACAACGCGGGUUUCCAAACCCUCGUAGCAGGUGUACAAAGCAUGAUAUUGAGAGGCAUACUGGUUUAA